ACAAAAUCAAAAUGUAUUCAAAAUUUUUCUUGUGCCGAAGCAGGACUUGCAUUACUCAAACAUUAUCAUUUCAAUUUAAAGAAUUCUAAGCGAAUUAAAUUUGGUAGAUCACAACAUAAUAUCAUAAAAAAUCUACUUUGGCAAGAUGUGGAAUCUUGUUUUAAUGGAAGAAUUAAGACGGGUUACUAACAUUAAUAUCAAAGAUCCUAAAUUUUUUUUAAAAAGAGCAUUUAAAAGUUUUUCCUUAAAAAUAAAAAAAGAAUUAAAGCAAUCUUUACUUAAAGUAAAUGCAAUUUUUUCUGCUAAUUUUGUAAAGCCACACACUGCUGAAACAGAUGUUAAAACAUUUUUAACAAAGAAUGAAAUUAUUGACAACACAACAAAUUUAAAAUAUUGGUAUAAGAAAAAUAUUGAAGAGAAAAUUUUAGCUAAAUUGGAAAAUUUUCAAGAAAGGGAUAGCGGGUGGGCCUUAUUUCAAAUUAUUCACCUUAAAAUUAAUAUAAAUCAGUUUAACCCCAUUAGUGUUAGUUCAUCGACUUAUGUGGAUUUACCUAAUUUUAUUAAGAAAACAAAAGCGGUUAUUAAUAUAAAAAAUAAUGAUGAAUAUUGCUUUCUAUGGUCAAUAGUGUGUGCUUUAUAUCCUGCUCCUUCUCAUAAAAACUCUAGUGCUACCAGUUCAUAUCCACAUUUUACACAAGUACAAGGCCUACAUUAUUACGAUAUUACUUUUCCCAUAGGUUUAAAAGAUAUUUCAAAGUUUGAAAAAAUGAACUCAAUUUCAAUUAACGUGUACACUUUUGAAAAGAAAGAAAUUUUUCCUGUAAGCUUAACAAAAACAGACUUUGAACUGAAAAUUAACUUACUUAUUAUUCCUUGUGAUGCCUUUUUAAAAAUGACAAACACUGAACUAGAAUUACUAACAGAUCCUGAUAUGUUAUGUUUAUUGAACGAGGUAUACGAGGGGGAAUUUCACAAUGUUCGAACAGAUAUGGAAAAGCAAAUAAUCAGUUUAUGGGGCAAGAAUAUAAUUUUAACGAACCAAUUUCAUAUUUAAUGUAUUACGAUGUAAACAAUCUUUAUGGAGCAGCAAUGUCUAUGUCAUUACCAAUUGCGGAAUUUCAAUGGGUUGAUGAUUUCUACCAAGAGAGUAUAAAUAUUUUAGACAUUUCAGAUGACUGUCCUUUUGGUUAUAUUUUUGAAGUAAAUCUUACAUAUCCCAGUGAACUAUAUGAAUUGCAUAAAGACUUACCUCUAUGCGCUGAACGUUGCGUGCCACCUAUUUCGAAAUCUAAAGUACCUAAGCUGCUUACUACAUUAAAUGAUAAAGAAAAAUAUAUUAUUCAUUACAGAAAUCUAAAACAAGCUCUUCAACUCGGUUUGAAACUUACAAGAAUUCACCGAACUCUUAAAUUUAAACAAUCAGCUUACUAUAAAAAAUUUAUUGAUUUAAAUACCGAAUUGCGAAAACAAAGUAAAAAUGAACACGAUAAAAAUUUUUAUAAGUUAAUAAACAAUGCAAAUUUUGGUAAGGCCAUGGAAAAUGUGCGUAAAUACAAAGAUGUUAAAUUAGUUACGAGGUGGUCAGGUCGUUAUGGUGCAAAUUAUUAUAUAUCAAAACCAAAUUUUCAUAGUCUCACAAUUUUUGAUGAUAACAUGGUUCUAAUUGAAAUGUCAAAAUUAAAUAUAACUUUUAACAAACCCAUUUAUGCAGGUUUUUCAAUUCUUGACAUAUCAAAAACAAUAGUGUAUGAUUUUCACUACAAUUAUAUUAAAAAAAAAUUUGGGGAUUGUGCAAAAUUGUUAUAUACUGAUACGGAUUCCUUGAUUUAUCAUUUUUUUGUUGAUAAUAUCUAUAUUCAUAUAAAAGAAGAUAUACAUAAAUUUGAUACUUCUGAUUAUGAUGAAAAUAAUAUUUUUGGUAUACCUCUGAAAAAUAAAAAAGUAAUUGGUUUGAUGAAGGACGAAAACAACGGAAAAAUAAUGUCAGAAUUUAUUGGAUUACGUUCCAAAAUGUAUACAUAUAAAAUUAUUGGAAAUAAUAAUAGUUUAAAAGAACACAAAAAAGCAAAGGGAAUAAAGUCCAGCGCUUUAAAUACAAUCACAUUUGAUGACUACUAUCAAUGUUUAUUUAAUAAUCAAGUUACUGAGUGCUCUCAAAAAUUAAUUAAAUCAAUUAAACAUGAAGUGUACACUAUCGAUCAGAAAAAAGUAGCUUUAAAUCCAUCAGAUGAUAAAAGGAUUGUAAAUUACCUUUACACUGACACUAAACCAUGGGGCUAUAGUAUUAAUUACUAAAACCUGAAACAUUUUUUAAAUUUCAGAAUUCUCUUCAAUAUAUUAAUUGCGGAGGCAUAAGAUAUUGUAACACAUGUAAACAUUAUUUUUGUUUUUGCAAUUAAACAUGAAGUUUACACUAUCUAUCAGAAAAAAAAGUAUCUUUAAAUCCAUCAGAUGACAAAAGGACUGUAAAUUACCUUCACACUGACAUUAAAACCUGAAACAUUUUUUUAAAUUUCAGAAUUCUUCCCAGUAUGUUAAUUGUGGAGGCACAAGAUAUUGUAACACAUGUAAACAUUAUUUUUGUUUUUGCUCUAGAUCGAUAAGUAAACACAAUUUUGUUGAUGUUUUAUAUUCACAAUUUGUAAAAAACGAUUUAUACUGUAGGGAAAGUAUGCCUGAAAGUUGAAUUUUCUUCUAAAAUGUAAAUGUAUGUAAGAUAAUUUUAUAUUGUUUUCAUAUAGUUAUAGGAAUCUGUUUUUUUUGUUUGAUUUCCUCUUAAGAAAUAUAUCUGUAUCUUAGAAAGGAAAACAGAAGUGGCCUUUUCACUAAACAAUUAGUUUUAUUUGAACCUACCUACCUACCUACCUACCUACCUACCUACCUACCUAGCUACCUACCUAUCUACCUACUGAAUAAUUUCUGUAUUUUAAGAUAUGUAUUUUUGUGUUUUGCUUCACUC